UGCAAUUUGCUGAUAGUCACUGCAGCUUGUUUUGAUUGACGCCAUGCCAACGGGCUUCGUGUGCCAACUUCAUUAUCGAGGUGGUGGCUCUUUGCUUUGCCAAACUUCCACCGGAGAUUUGCGGCAGUUGCCUUUUGCCCACGCCCCGCCACACGUGCGGGUAGGCCAUACUGUGACGUUUUCACUGGCUGCAGAUGGGGUCGAUCUCGCGGUGGAUCUGGAGGUAUGCCAGGAGAAGGCUGCAACAACUUCAGCAAAAGCCGAGAUGGGACGGCAAAUUAUGCAGGAAAAACCGGCAAAGCCUGUGUUUGACAUAUCAAAACAACCCGCCAGGAAGCUGCAGCGAAGUAUCACCAGAUUUCAUAAUGCAGAUUUGAAAGAAAGGCUUCGGAUGAUCGAAACUGCGGAAGGUUUGCUAAGUGACUUGCUGAAUGAGGUCGAGUUGGAUGGUGAUGCCAUCUGCAAGUUGCUAUGUCGCUGUGCUGGGUGGCUCCAUCCUCCAGGCUCCUUUGAAGCGAAACACGUCUCUUCCACUGAGGAUACUGCGGGUGCUGCGGUUUCUGAGCCUAGUGACUUGCAGUGCCGGGUGAGACGUUUGUUGAUCCUGGCUUUGAGUUCCUUGGAUUUGAGCGACACCACAACCUACAGGGCAGUCGAGACAGCUGUGCUACACAUUCUCGAACUGCUGCAGGGAAAGGAGACCUCGUUCUCUGGGAACGGUAAAUCCCUUGCGAUGAGACAAUGGCGGCAACUUCGGGAGUUGCUGGUAGCAGAAGCCCCGCAAAGUGACCCGACGCAACGAAAGGCAUCAGAUGAAGCACUUGAAGGUCUCAGAAAGAAGGCCACUACAAGGUUGCCAAAGAAGGAUAUGUCGGCGGCCGUUGAUGGCGUGUUUCGCCCAAACAAACGCGUCAGGAGCUUGCCAGCAGUCUAUGAGGAAGACCCUGGGGAAGACUUGUCCUUGGAGAUCUUUGGAUGGCACCGACACCUGCGCGGACAUUUUUAA